AUGGAAGCACUGAGAGACUUGCCACCACUCCCCAAAAGUCUGAGUGGCCUCAUCAACUUCAACAGCAGCCAGUGGCGCGAGCUGGAACGUGUCCAUCUCAUGCGCACCAUGAUUCAGCAGGAUCUGAGCAGGGCGGCCCCCGUCGCACCGGCACGGAGUAGCAGCGCUAGCCGGGCGUCGGCAUCUCGUCAACGAGCGGCACAUGCAGAGACAUCGCACGGCUCUCUUGGAAACAGCCGCGUCGCUGGUGGCGCUGGGAAAGAAGGGCAAAACACGUGGUCGGGCCGAUCGUCGAGACUCGAUGCACAGCUGGCAGUCCUCCGCAAAGAGAUGGUAGGACUCCGUCAAAUGGACAUGUCGCUUCUUUGCCAGCUGUGGUCGCUCAACGAAUCCAUCCAGGAGUACAAGCAGGCACUCCAGGACAGGUCACCGUCUUGGGACCCCACCCCAGAGGAACUGCUGAGUCAGCUAAACGGGGCAUCGCCCGCCAGCAUUGCCUGCCUUCGACCUCACUCCCAUCCGCCGCCUACUGCACGGCACCAACGGUCGAGCAGCGAGGGCUCCACACCGCGCCGCUAUGACACCCGGCAUCAGCCGAGGAACCUCAUGGCCGUGCCAGAGAGGACGCUAGCCAUCGACAGCUCAUCCGGCUCCAGCGGCGAGUACGACGACGUUCUGUGAAUCAAGCAACCAUUGCUGCAGAUGUGUUGAGAAUGUGGGCGCUGGUGACCACAGGUAUGCUUUAUGGUGCGGUUUGUCGGGCUGGAGCAGUUGCUCAGAUGGUCUUGUAAGAGUGUCGUCAGCUCGAGCAGUAGGGUGAAUGCUUGUGACUCUUGGGAGUGAUAUGUUAGCAUAACAGUUCAAGGCAGAAACCUGAAGCCUGAGCUAGGACUUCUAAAAUUCCAUGUCGGGCACUUUUUGAAAACGUCAGAUCUGAUGAAGCAUCAGCAUAUUUGCAUCUUCGUUGUUGUCAUGUCUGCAUCUUACUGCUAUCUCUCUGUACAGAAUUUUAUCAUCUUGUUGAAGAGAAAACGAUGGAAAGCUGCUGAAGAGCAGCACAGUCACAAGUGCAGAGGGUUUGGCUAAAGUAAUUGGGGGGUGUCGUAACAUUCAGUGGCCAUAAUCUGUAUGGAUUCUUCUCAUAUUCUAUCAUUUUCUUAUCAUUAAUUGUGCCAAGUGGCUGAUGCUGGCAGUGGUGGCAUGCCGAUAUGCGAGCCAAUCAUGAUGGGUGAAAAGAAGACAAAAUGAAAAUAAUCAUCACAAAAUCUUUGUCUAGCACUGCUUUAUGCGCUAGCAGGCCAGGUAUGGAACUUGAAAUACUUGAAUUGGACAGUCAUGAACUAUGGUCACAAAAAAAGCUAUUGAAGUUGGUAGUGUGCAUUUGGCAGUUCAACUGAAUAAGAUCACACAGACUUUAAAAUGGUGUGUCACCAUUGUUAGAAGGACCACAAUAUUGUAGCGAUUCCUUUUCCGAUGCUAAUGCCUUUUUGGCACUUGUUGUGUUCGUGAGUGGAUGGAGCGCCGCUCCAGCCACUCCUGAACGCAACAAGUGCGAAAUAGCAUUACCAUCGGAAAAGGCAUCACUACAAAAUCGCAGCCCAGCACACUGGCAUAGCAUACUGCAUCGUGUAAGCACUCAAAUAUUUCAUGUCACAUCUUAUGUAACUGUAAUAGACGUUUGAAAAAGAAAAGUGGUGCAGCAUUAAGGAAUUGUUUUAUAAAAAUCUUAAGGUUCCUCAUAAUGCAUUUUUUUGUACGUCCUGAUGCCUUCUGUGAUGUAUCAACAAACGUUGAAGCUUUCAAGCUCGUAUGUAGACAGACGGAAUGGACACGCAUGAAAGCUAACUUCAGCAAAUUCUUUUACUCAUAUUGACGACUCAGAAAUGUAAUGGCGCACAGAUAUGUAAGCACGCAGAUGACGCUCAUGGAGAAUUGCACUUUAAAUCACAUUGAGGAAUGAUAACCCUUUGCUGACGGUUGUAAUGUGUUCAUAAACGCAGGACUCAACCUUGGAUGUUGUUUCUGGUUCAAUUAAUCACUGUUGUAAGAGUAUAUUUGUGUCCUGACAAAAAUCAGGAUCCUCUUUUAAUAGAUGUCGUGCCGCUGUGUUGGCAAGGUACAUGGUGUUUAAGUGGCAGCUGUUUUACCCUAAAUUUAAGGCAGCUUAGAGGUUAAUCGUCGUUUUGUAACUUUGGACAUAUACUGUUGCACGAGACGUAGAAGUACUACUUUUAAAUGACGAAGAGAAGAGCUCCAAUGCUAAGCGCAGUAGGAGAGCACUCUGUCAUAUCCAUUUCAUCAGGCUAUCAGGCCAUAGUGCUGUGGAAUUUCCUCCGCAGGAAUGAGGAUUAAAUUGCGGUCAUUGAGUUCUUUAAUUGUCCUUUCUUAUUAAUGCCUGAAACAUCAAUGCCUGAAAACGAAGCCUUCAUAUACCACUGUGGAUUUGCAUGGCAAAUUCGGACAAGGGCGGGGUCUUUCGCGGAGAUUAAUGAAUUGAGAGCAAGCUUUGAAGCUCAUGUAACUUAGAUAUUCACACCAUCUGGCACAAAAUUACAAAAUGCCAAGGAGGACAUGCAGUGGACACAGGUUCCACAACCAUGCAAUAUGAAAAACGGCUGCAUGUGACCUGCAGAGGUACACGGCUCACCGACAGGAAAAAGAACAUUUAAUUUAUAUAUUCAAAUAGCAGAAACUAUUGAGCAAGUGCAAAUUUUAACAUCACACACUGAUGUUUCAAGUGGUCCUCGUGUUCAAGAAAGCAUCAGUUGGUACCCUCUCGUUUUACUGCAAAAAUCAGAAACAUUUAACAGUCUCCAGCAAAAAACGGGCAUUCGCUUCACGUUGGUGUGUUCUGUACGUCAGGUUGAUAUAACAACUGUCUGGGUUAAGUGUCUCGAAACAACAUUGGCUAUGAGAGAUACCAUAGUGGAAGACUGCAGAUUAAUUUUGACCUCCAGAAGUUCCCUAAUGUGCACCCAAUGCACCGUACACUAGUGUUUUUGCGUUCUCCACUCGUCAAAAUGUGGCAGCUACUGCCGCGAAUUGAACCUGUGACCUUGUGCCAAGCAGCAGCAUUUUAUAGCUAUUAAGCCAUUGCGUCAGGGGCGAGAUUGCGCAAGCGUUCGCUUGCCCUCUUGUGAUUCGCCGGGCGCCAUGCUUUCAUCAGCGGACAUCCGCGCAGCCGAAGGCGGUGCCCUUUGAAUCACGAGAGGGCAGGCGAACAUUUGGUAAUGCUUGCUGAUCUUGCCUCAGGUGUCGUGCACUUGACAAAACGGCAAAGUACAUUCACAGGCUGUAUGCUACUUCGUUUUAUGCAUAGCAGGAAUGCUAUGAAGACUAGAAAGUAAGACUCUUCCCACAGCUCUCAUUGGCUACCAGAGAAUAGUGUGCAAUUCGAUGUAGCGUCAAGUGUCAUUCUUUUAAAUAUUAUAUUACAUGGAAGAUGUCGCACAUGUAAACCUAUUAACCACCAAACGAGCAGAGUGGCACAUUUCUGCAACCAGUGGCUGCAACGAAAACAUAGUACGACACUUACUGGAGGCACAGCAGUGGAUAUGUGAUUUGACGUAGUACGUCCAAAAGUUCUAGUUGUAAUAUGUGAAGCAUGUAUUUCACAGAAAGCAUUGCAAAUAAAGAAACUGCACUGCGAAUGCACAGAGUCAAACUUCUAUGACCGCAAUACUAAUGCAGCUUCCACACCAUUGCCUGAUAAGUAUGAAACGAAGUGUAGGCAGCUGAUCUAAUCUUUCUGGUACAAUGCCAGAUGAUAUCAGUGCCCCGCUCCUUUCUUUCAAAAUUUGGUUAUCUCGGCACUUAUGUUUGUAGCGUCUCUGAAGAAUGCAACAGCAGUGCCCACGUGAACGUUGUCAUUUUUGUAAUGUGUGCCAGAAAUGAUAAGCACACAUGAGCGAUGCUGCACCUAAUUGUGAAACACGUUAUCUGGAUCAGCACACUCUGAUUUUUUCUGUGCAACAUGAAACUCUAUGUCGUGUGAAGUAUUCUUUUAAACUCUGUAUGAGCACAAUGAAACUAACGUGUACUUUUCUGAUGUGGAGGCUUAUCAGCCUCAUAUGGUUCUGUCAACACACAUCCUGUCUGUUUGAAGAUAUGUCAUUAUCUGUUACUACAGAUGUGUUUGCGAUGUGUGUUUGUUGCAGUUUUUUCUCGUCAGGAUUUCCAAGCAAGCUGUCGUGUUAAGGGGUGUGAAAGUAAAUUACUAAGUUAAUUAAGCUAGAGUGACAGAGCUGGAACAGCAAGUCUUAAGUUUCGGAAUAGCUUGCAUUCAUUAAGUUUUGCAAAAUGGAAGGCCCAGAUGUUUAUUGGCACUUAAGUGUGGAGUUUUUGCACAACCAAUUUUUUUGUGAUUUUUAGACCAUUCAUGAAAAUCAUAAAAAUUUAGUUAUUGGUAGCAAGUCAUGCUUGACUGCUGAACCAGUGCGAAGAGAGCUCUAAAUGAUUAUAACUCUAGCCUAAUUUGGCAUUUGCCUUUUGGGUCCCUUUAAAUACCAUUUAAAAACCCUAUAAUCAGCCUUGAGGCAGAAACAAACACAUGCAUUUCAGCCAUGUACGUGAAACGGGUCACCUUUCAUAUUGCUCGCCUAUAAAUACUUGAGCAAUUAGAAUAAUAUAACAAUGUUGAACCGUGUUUUGCCGAGUCAGAUCGCUAUGUCAUCACAACUUUACCUGGUGAAACUUGGUAUGUUUACCAUUCCAGAGUUUUAUCAUCCAAGUCUUUCUAUAAUGCUCACAUAUAUCUCGGUACUCACUUCAUUUAUUCAGAAAACCGACAAUUUUCGUAGUCGUAGAUCUGCACAAAUGAGUGGCACAUUUUUUAAAACUUAGAACUAACAUGAACAUAUGUAAUUUAGCGUACUGUUUAUACCGCGACUUCUGUAAGAAACGCUCUGGCUUUUUAAAACACAUUUGUUGGUGCAGCUGUCUUUUUUUUUUUCCUUGCAUCUUUAUUGUGACUUGAUUUAGUUGAUUUUGUGUGUGAGAAACUUGUGCCUUGGAGUUCUGAGUUCUAGAAUAAUUGUCUCUCUGUGUGGCCAUUCCUUGAGCGGACGACAUAUUUUGAGCCAUAUUUUUGCCUCCAGACGACUGGUUGAAGAGUGUUUGGCAUUCCCUCAUUCACUUUUAUUUAACUGUGCCACACCAACAAUAAUUCUUCUGCAUGAUGCAUGAACAAAGCUUUAAAACUGCCAUUGUUCAAUUGUGCCAAUGGUUUGUAGUGCAACAGUAUUUAGUAUUUAUGAAGAGAAAUUCUUUUUUUUUUUUCCAGUGGUACUCGUAUGUAGCUAAUGUAUGUCUCUGCUUGCAUGUAAUGUAGAUGUAGUGCAGAUGACUGUCAACAGUGCAGACGGUAGAAGAUCAGGACAUUGGUGUCAAACACAAAGAACAAAACUGCAAUGACAUUUCAGUUCCUGCAUGAGAGCAUUGUUGACGGUGAAAAUCAGUUUGCAAGCAAUUUGUUUUUAAACAAAUUGAUAAAUCUGUUUAACAGGUUGGCCAUACACCUGAUGAAGGCUGAUGAAGUCCAAGGUUUUGAGUCCAAGGUUGUAAUGUAGGAACAUCUAGUUGAGAUUAAACAGGGUAGACAAUAAACGCAAUAAUGCUAAGCGCGAGGAAUAAAACUAAAACGAUGUUUGGGCUGCCUCAUGGGAGCAUUGCUUACAAUGAAAGUAACUCUUCUAGCAGUUCGUCGUAUAAUUUGUAAUUCUACUUAACUGUAAGGAACAUCAAGAUUUGGCAGGCUUGCUAUGCUUCUGAUGCAUCUUAAAGUUGCUUAGCUUUUAGGUGGGUCACGUCAUUUUGUUUCCAUGGACACAGCAGCGCGAAAAUUGUGCGGUUUUUGCAGCUGAAAGUAGAUGAAAAAAAGGCAAGGACAUUCCUCGGGCACUAGGUAAUCAAAUUAUGGCCCAUGUAUCAAAUUUUACGUUGCGAAGCAAUCGACAAUACACCACUCGUUUUAAAACAUGCAAUGUUGAUGAAUGACGAACCUUGGUCCUUGGUUACAUUGUGUGUGGUACCCGAGUUUAUUUCAGCUUCUUCAUAACAAAGCAUGACAAUAUGUUUUGAAUCAUAGCUUCAUCCUGUGUUCUAUUACUCCCAGAAUGUUCAAGCUUGUGAUGAAUAAAACAAGAACAUCAAUGCUCCCACGAGUGCAAAGUGAUGUAUCUCAUCCGUAUUGGUCACUGCUACCAUUCAUGAGCAAUGUUUUGGGGAAGGAACUCAACUUUUGCCAUGCUGUCGACUGUGUGUUGAUUAUCUUAUCUUAUCUAAACACUUUGUUUUGUUUUCUUGGUCUACAUUGUGCGAUAUCCUUGCACAUGUCAAUUUUAUAUCAGGCAGAGCGCUGACACACCAUCUGUGAACAUUCUUUUGUGGACCUCUUUUGAGAGAAUGCGAGAUGCGAUCAUGGGUUAGCGCACACAACGUAAUAAACACGCUGAACACAAAAGCUGCAAAAGCAGCUCAUGAUUUAUUUACUUUAACUGCGUGCCAUUUAUCAAUCAUUUUGACAUUCUGCUACUGUUCUGUGGUCACAAUUAAAAUGUCUUGUUUUUGUUGGUUUUACAAGUCAUCAUAUUGUUUAUACUUCAAGCAGUAUUGUCCUAUGUUUAUAGUGGUGAACAUUAUGUGAAGAACUUCUACUGCCCUCAUUUAAGAAGCAUACCUUUUAAAUAAUAACAUGUACAGUCAUGAUCAAAAGUAUGGAAACAAAUGGUGCAGCAAGAAACUUUUUAAGCCUACGUGUGCAUGUUUGACCAAUGCAAUGUAUUGAAACAACGCCAUGUUGUGGAGCUGUGCUCGAAGAAAUUUUAAUUUUUUGCUGAUGGUCUCCAAACCUUGGCUUGCAAUUGUACACAGGCACUAAUUUUCCGAGCAUGGUAUUUCGUUUGUUGCAAAAUGUCUGCCUAGUUAGUUAAGGAAUUGGGCAUCUUCUAUUUAAUGAAUGUUGCAGUUUUUGUUUUUGCAGUGCAAGCCUACUAGUAUCAAUUUCUGACACAUGAAUUUUGUUUGCUUUCGACAGGGUGACAUCGGCUACAAAGUAAUCCGAAUUGUGACACUUUUCAGUGAAACAAAUCCGGAUUUUAUUAUCAGUAUUGUCAUUUACGUGUACUUUACUAGUUUAUAUAAUGGCCAUAUGUAUUCCCUUGACUGGCUUGAAAAUGUGUGUAGCCUUAUAAUAUUGGUGCCUAUAUUUUAUAUAAGUUAAGAAACCUUUUAAUCCUCCUCUGCUAUUACUAGCUCACAUUAGAAGCGCACAAACCUAGCUGUUUUAUCAUUCCUAGUUUCGUGUUCCUGUCAUUUAGUGUGUUGAAAUGUUUGUUAUUGCUCUUUGACCCAUAUUGAUUCUAGUCACCCAUUUGUGUCAUCCUUGGCAGCAGUUUUCUAAUUUAGCAGCUUUUGUACUGUUUUAUUUACACAUUUAUUUUUGGCACACUGCUGAUUCAACAUUCCAUCUUGCACAGCUGAUAUAAUCUUUCAUUAUCUUUUAUAAUACACUUUCACGUUGUCGUGCUGAUUGUGCUAUUUGAAUCCACAUUUGCGUAAUGUGCUGUAGAACAUCAUUAUCUUUCGGGCUUGCUCGGUACAGCAACGCUAAUUAUCUUGAUUGCAUUUUCAACAUUGCAGCUAAGGUUUUAAGAAGGAACUCAACGUCGUUGCCAUAAAUAUUUGUAUGCCUGUUGUUAUAAGUUCGGAAAAAUCACGGUGGAUCUGUUUUGUGUGUACUGUGUACUCGUGGGUUUGAGAAAUAAAAUAUUUCCAAGUCA